GGCGUGUCUUCCCGCCGGCUCCUCUUCGGAAAAGCGCCCGCCCCUAGUCAGUCGCGGGGGGCAGGCAGAGCCGGCGGCGCGCUGCAGGGACCGCGGGCGGGCAAAGUUCUCUCCCGCCGCAGCACCAUGGACAGCAGCCCCCUGGAGCAGCUGGACGCCGCCGGCUUCCUGCACAUCUGGCAGCGCUUCGACGCCGACGACAAUGGUUACAUAGAGGGGAAGGAGCUUGAUAAUUUUUUUCAUCAUCUGCUGAAGAAACUGGGCACAUCUGAUGCCAUAACAGAGGAAAAGCUUCAAAGGGUGAAAGAGCGAUUCAUGUCUGCCUAUGAUGUCACUGCAGAUGGACGUUUACAAAUACACGAGCUUGCAUAUAUGAUCUUGCCAGAGGAUGAGAACUUUCUGCUGCUUUUCCGACGGGAAACACCCUUGGACAACAGUGUGGAGUUUAUGCGGAUUUGGCGCAAAUAUGAUGCUGAUAGCAGUGGAUUUAUUUCAGCUGGCGAGCUCAAAGACUUCCUGGGAGAUCUCUUUUUGCAGCACAGAAAGAUAAUUCCUGAGGCAAAGCUGGAAGAAUACACUGAUACAAUGAUGAAGAUCUUUGACAAAAAUAAAGAUGGACGACUGGAUCUGAAUGACUUGGCAAGGAUUUUGGCACUUCAGGAAAAUUUCCUCCUUCAAUUUAAAAUGGAUGCUUGUAGUACAGAAGAAAGGAAGAACGAUUUUGAGAAAAUCUUUGCACACUACGAUGUUAGUAAAACAGGAGCACUGGAAGGUCCAGAAGUGGAUGGGUUUGUCAAAGAUAUGAUGGAGCUUGUCAAGCCCAGCAUUAGUGGUGUGGACCUGGAUAAGUUCCGUCAGAUUCUGCUGCAUCACUGUGAUGUGAACAAGGACGGAAAAAUUCAAAAAUCUGAACUAGCCUUGUGUCUUGGGCUUAAAAUGAACCCAUAGAUUUGAAUGUGCUUCACCUAUUGUUUGCAAUGUUUUCUUUGUAAGAACUUGCUGUUGCUGGUAGAACUCUUUCAGUGCUGUGUUAACAAUCUGUGUGAUAGUGCUGAACGUGGAAGAUAUAGGCACCUCACUGCUGUAAUGAAAGUGCAUUUGCACCAGGAUGCCACAAAGUGGAGAAUGCAUGAAGGGCCUUUCAAUUCAAUAACUAGAUUCACAUUGUUCAGUAGAAGAAAUUACGUGUGGGGCCUCUGUAUUUUUUAUAAAUAAUGUCCAUAUCCACAGACAUACCAGUUUAUCAAAAAUGGAGAUGUCGUUCCAUUACUUCCUUCAUAAAAUACUGCCACAAUCAGUUCUUUGGAGUAGGAUGAGUCUUUCCUUAAAAUGUAAGAUUAGUGCUCUCAUGCUGUAGCUGCUUUCAUUGUCUGAUUUUUAUGAUGACUGCCUUCUAUGUGAAGUCACGAUAUUUCUAAACAUGAGCAUUGUGCUUUACUUGUGCAUACAACAUUAUAAUACUGGAUGGAUUGCAGUUUAUUUGUGCAAGAAUAAAAACAGCAAUUAAGGAAAUACGAUAAGAUUGGUGCUUACGCAUUACUUAUGGACAGCCAUACAUCACAGUUUGAUAGUCAUACUAUACUAUGUAUAUGCUAUCUGUCAUCUCACAAUAUUUAUACUGAGCACAUCAAGUGGAAAGUUUCACAUGGUUCAGUAGAAGAAAUUACCUGUGGGGCCUGUGCAUUUUUUAUAAACAAUGUCCAUAUCCACAAACAUACCAACUGAUCAAAAAUGGGGAACACCAUUCCAUUACUGCCUUCAUAAAAUACUGCGACAAUCUAGAGUAGGAUGA